AGAGUCUGUGUUAAAGGUAUUUGACUUCUAAACCGGGACAAACCGACGGAUACCUCGUCCUGCUGGAAUAAGAACCGUGUCGGUGUAGCAGGACAUCGAAAUGAGAUGGUGAAUGGAGGAAAUAAGGAGUAUCAAUCACCCACAACUAGUAACUGUAAAAAUCAAUGGGAGUGAAAGAACUAUGGAGCUUGGUGUCACCUACUGGGCAACUGCUGCCCUUGUCUUCUCUAGAAGGCCAAGCAGUGGCUGUGGAUCUCUCAUGCUGGGUGGUAGAUUCCCAAGCGCUGCACGUGGGAUAUGUAACUCGCCCUCAUCUCAGGAAUUUAUUUUUUCGCACAUCAGCUCUCUUGAAUGCUGGAGUACUCCCAGUAUUUGUAUUGGAAGGUGAUGCACCGAGCUUAAAGUGGGACACCAUCUCAUCACGUAACCAGAGAAAUUUUCACCCUUCAGUUGCUUCAAAGAAUGUCUCCUUGAAGACAGGAAAAAGGUCUCGGUUUAAAUCGAUUCUUAAGGAGUGCAGGGAGCUUCUCGACCUUCUAGGUGUGCCCUGGGUCCAAGCAAGUGGUGAGGCCGAGGCAACCUGCGCUGCUUUAAGCUACCAUGAGAUGGUAAAAGGAGUCAUCAGUCAAGACAGUGACGUCUUCUUGUAUGGCGGUCAGACAGUAUUCCGAAAUUUUACCGCAAAUCAGAAUAAAGCAACAGUCGAGAGGUUUAGUAUGGAAAUCUUAGAAGAUCGACUACAACUGACUCGUGAAGGAUUAAUAGUUCUUGGUAUUCUGCUUGGGUGUGACUAUAUGCCAGGUGGUGUGCAAGGAGUUGGUAGAGAGACAGCAAUGAAACUUCUAAGAGCCUGGUAUGAGGCUGGUGAAAAAAAACCAUUGCAAAGAAUGUGUUCCUGGACAGCCCAAGAUAGCGCAGUUUCUCAGCAACAACUGAGUCACACAAAAUGGAAGAAAGGGAGCAUGGAAGAACUAGAAGGAGGAGUGAGAAAAAGGGUUCUGGCAACAGAUGGGUUCCCUUUCACAGAGAUCAUCCAAGAAUUUCAACAGAAGCUUAAACGUCCAGCUUCUAAGAUUCAGUGGAGUCAGCCGUGCUACGAGGAACUUGUGAAAUGGUGCAUCCACAAGCUAGAGUGGGAACCAGAUUAUGCUGUCGAAAAAUCCUCACCAGUUGUAACACGAUGGAUUGUAACCCAUGGCACCAUGCUUAAGUGUCUUCAGCCAGUUGGUAUUGUGAAGCAGUGUGUCCGAGGUGGUGUGGCGGCGUGUAAACUACAAUGGAAAGUUGCAACCUGUGGCCUUCCUAAAGACACUGCAGGAUGUCUUACUAUUGUUGAACCUUUAUAUCUUGUUGAAAAGUCAUUACCUCACCUCCUGCAUGAAUUUAAGGAAAAAAACAUUGCUACAAACAAAGGUAAAAAUAAAAAGAAGCCCAAAGAUGCCAAGAUGCCUGUAAAGAAUUAUGAUAAAGGAUUAGUUAAAGAUAACUCCAACAAAUUGACCCAAGAGGAUUCCAUUCUGUUGAUCCAAGACAACUUAAAGAAACUGAGUAAAAAUGGCAUAAAACAUGCUAAAAAUGAAAACCCGAAAAUUGUCAAUAAUAUUAGCUCCAUGCCUUACACGAACAGCCAAGGUAAUGAGUUUACCAAGAAAUCUGUCAAAAACCAGUCAAGUCACAUAAAAGAACAAACAAAUACCUCAGGAAAAUUAACUUGGUCAGGUGGUCAUUUUGUUGAGGAAAUGUUGAACCAAACUCUGACAGAUGAAGAGGAGAAUGAAGAUUUGUCAUUCAUCAUUGACAAAAUCAUUAACAUCAAAGUUAAUAGCAAUCCAACUGAAUGCCGAAUUAGUCAACAAACAGGUAUUCAAGGUGAGAGCAAGAAUCAGAAAAUUGGUAUGAGAAAUUCUACUCAAAACCAGGGAGAAAUGCAGAUUGAAGAACAUUUAAAAAGUUAUAAUCUAUGUAAAGAAAAUAUGUACUUAAAGGAUAUGAAUAACGAGAAAUUGUUUGAUUCUGAAAAAAAAGACCAAUUGCAAGAAACAUCCUGCAGGGGUGAUGAAUAUGAAGAUAAAGAGAAUAAUCCUGAAAAUUUCUUUGAUAGAAUAUAUAGAAAACUUUAUAAAAGAAACAAGGAAAAUAAUUUAACAAACCCUGUUCAGAACAGGUUAUCUUGCAAGCUAAACAAGGCUUUAUGUACCAAUCCUAAUGAUGAUUCUUUAUUAGAUAAAUCAUACAUAUGCAAGGAUGAAGAGAUGGGCAUAAGAAAUCCUAACAUAUACACAAAGAAAGGUGACAGUGAUGAACUUUCUGAUGCUAGAAAGUCUCACUGUGAACUUAAACAGCCUUCACAAGUUUUGGUGCAAAAGGCAAUUUUGCAUGAAAAUCAUACAGCCAAUGAAUUUCUUGCAGACUUGUACCAUGAUUUUUGCAGCCCCAAAUCCGAGGUCAAUUCAAGUUUCUGUCAGGUGUCCAAAGACAUGUUUGAUGACACUGAUGAUCUUGGGGUUGUUGCCUCUCAUACCUCAUUACCCAACCUACAGUCCACUCCAUAUUUAAUAGGUAAUGGAGCCUCAGAUAUGCCACUUCACCUAAUUGAACAAAGUCCAAAUGCAUGUGUAAUUAAAAUGGAUAGCAGGCUGUCUUGUUUAUCUUAUACUUCUCCAUUGCAACAUAAUUUGGAAGAUAGCUGUAAAAAAUUACUACAUGAUAAAUGUCUACUGUCAUCUACUCUUUUAUCUUCCAAUAUUAGCGACAUAUUAAAUUAUUCAGAUUCAAGAUUAAACAGGCAGAGUUCUGCAAAUACUUGCAGUCGGCACAUAAAAUAUAAGAAUGAUGCUGUUUCUUCAGGCAACUGUAACCCGCCUGUCUGUUGUAAUACUCCAAGAAUCAACAAGAGGCCAAAUUUGUCAAAACUUUGCUUCCAGCUGUUUGAUAGCUUUAGUGAUUGUGAAGACAGUAUAUCAAAGGACUCGAGACCAGCUCAGGUCAACAUUUCAUACGAAGAAAAAUUACAACAGCUUUCAAUGAUAAAAAUUUCUCAUACGCAUGAGAAAGAAAACAAUUUAUACAGCAAAUACAGUAAUAAAGAGUCAUUUGCUCUUCAUACCCAGAGUAAAGAAAAUGAACAAAACUGCAAUAGUAACGAGCUGGAAAUUAAUGAAUGUAAAUCAGUGAAUUUAGCAGUUGGCAAACAAGACAGGGGUGGUAAAGCAAGCAUCUGUCCUGGAACUGAUGAUGAAACUAUGCCUUGUGAUCCCUUUUCUCCAUUUGGAGUCAACUUAACAUUAGCUGAAAGACUCAGAAUGAAGUUUCCCUAUAAAACCUUUGUAAAACUCCUUGAUGAUAUCUGAUAUGAAAAUGUUAAUGCAUGACUAUUUACAUUCAAUUUUUUAAUGAUUUAGCCUCUAAUGACAAGCUUAUAUUUACGAGCAAUGCGUGUUACAAAGUACGUACAGUACACUAGAAGCAUGGAAGAAUCUGUUGACUUCAGCACAUAAUAAAAGUAAGUUUUA